AUGAGAACGGGAGCAAAAAUAACCUCUCGAGAAGAUAAACUAAUUAAGGUUUGCAUCAAACUCAAACUGUCAACAAAAAAUUAUUUGUGUAUCAUUACUUGGGUGGUUGGGUGGUACUCAAAUUUCCAACUAGCAAAGAAAGUUCAGUCACAUCCCCAACUUAGCUAUUGCUGUGAUUGGGAUAGAGUUACAUGCAAUGCCACUUCCAACCAUGUCACUGCAAUUUCACUCAAUUACACAACUGGCUAUCCGUUAAAUUUUACAGGAAUAGUUUGUACUCUGAAUCUAUCUCUGUUUCAUCCUUUUCAAGAACUCGUCGCCCUUGAUUUAUCUCAUAAUCGCUUUUAUGCCUGGUCGCGUAAUGGAGGUUUUGAAAGAUUGUCAAGUUUGAAGAAGCUGCAGGUCCUUGAUCUUUCUUCUAAUCUGUUUAAUGGCAGUAUCUUAUCAUCUGUCAGCAAGCUUAUAUCAAUUAAAACUUUGAUUCUUGGACGCAACAGUUUAACUGAUUCUUUGAUUAGUAAUGAAUUAGGCAGCUUGGAGAAUUUAGAAGUGUUGGAUUUGAGUUAUAAUCAAUUCAAUCAAACUUCAUCACUUGAAGGAUUGUGCGGAUUGAGAAGCCUCCGUGAGUUGGGACUGAGCUAUAACAACUUUUUUGGCCAUCUUCCUCCCUGCCUCGGAAAUCUUACGAACCUCCAAGUUCUUGAUCUGUCAUUCAAUCAGUUCAGUGGGAGCAUCCAACAUGUUGUCUCUAGCCUGACAUCCCUCAAGUACUUGUUUCUUUCCGGUAACCAGUUUGAAGGCUUAUUUUCUUUUAGUUCUUUGGCCAACCACACAUUACUUGAAAUUUUCGAGCUUUCGUCAGGAAGUACAAUGUUAGAAUUGGAAACAGAAACUCCUCUUUGGUCUCCAACAUUUCAACUCAAAGUAAUCGACUUGCCUAGUGCCAACCUUAAUGUUCAAACUAGAACGUUUCCUAGCUUUCUUCGCUACCAGCAUGACUUACAGUUCAUUGACCUCUCUCAUAAUAGGCUAGUAGGAUCAUUUCCUAGUUGGAUCUUGCAGAAUAACUCUAAGCUGAAAGUCUUGAAUUUGAUGAACAACUCAUUCACUGGAAAUUUUGAGCUGCCUGAGGUCAAACAUGGUUUGAGCUAUUUGGAAAUUUCAAGCAACAACAUCACAGGCCAGCUGCCUGAGGAAAUUGGUAUUGCCCUUGUAAACCUAAUUCAUAUGAACUUGUCAAAGAAUAAUUUUGAAGGUAAUAUUCCUUCAUCCGUUGGUGCGAUGGAAGUACUGCUUGUUCUGGAUUUGUCAAAUAAUAAUCUCUCAGGAAUAGUUCCAGCAAGUUUGUUUUCCAAACUUACCAGUCUAGACUCACUUGUUUUAUCAAACAACUCUUUUCAGGGCGAUAUUUUUCCACAGAUUGUGAACAUGCCAUCCUUAAUUGUGUUAGAUAUGAGAAACAACAAUUUCACAGGGAAUUCAGAUCCACACCUUUUAUACUUACCCUCUCUAGUUAUUCUUGACAUAUCCAAGAACAAGAUAGCAGGUACAAUUUAUGUUCAACUAUGUAACCUGGGCAGUCUUGAACUCUUAGACCUGUCACAAAAUAUGUUUUCCGGAUCUCUGCCUUCUUGCUUUAAUGCGUCAACGUUGCGAUAUCUUUUCCUGCAAAAGAACACUCUAAGUGGCCCGAUACCACAUAUUCUAUCUAGAAUUUCCAAUUUGGUAACACUCGACUUGAGGGAUAACAACUUUUCAGGAACAAUCCCGUCUUGGAUCAGUCAGUUUUCUGGGCUGCGUGUGCUGCUAUUCGGAGGGAAUGCCUUACAAGGCCACAUUCCGCCUCAGCUGUGUCAAUUAAGAAGUUUGAAUAUCCUGGAUCUUUCACACAACUCGCUUUAUGGUUCAAUACCUUCAUGUCUCAACAAUAUAUCAUUUGGGAUGAUGGAGGAAGAUGACUUUUCUUCUUCACCUGUAGAGGUGGCGUAUGCUUCCCCUAAAAGCUAUUAUGCUUACUUCAAUGCCAGUCUCGACAUGCAACCUCCUGGCAUACCCAGUGGCGGAUCCAGGAUUUGAUUUCAGCCCGUGCUAAAUGACAUGU